AGGAGACGGGACAGGGCGCUGUGCAAAUGGGGAGAAGAAAAAACGAAAGGACAGAGUAGGGAGGUGGUUUGCAGAACCGCUUGACUGAUCACACUGUAGCUAGCUCCCCCGACACUGUGCAGAGUAAAAGAGAGAGGUAGACCGGGAGAGAGAGGUGGAAGGAGAAGAACCGGGGUAGGCCUCGGCCUAGGUUUUAGGGGAAAGGGUUAUACACUCAAAGAAGAACUCCGUUCUAGGCAUGAAUAGAAUGGAUACAAAACUUUGAGACUGCACUAUUAUCUAGGCUGUAAUGGCAUUAUUCAGUUCGAUGCUGUUUGACUACACGUUGGGCUGCAUGCUGUAGCCAUGUGCCCAUCAAUACAAUGAUGGGGAGAAGUUAUAGAACAAAGGGAGAGAAGGUUGUAGAAGCUCAGAUGGUGGUGAGGUGAUUUUCAGUCCUACAGAGAAAGACAAGGACACCACUUCAUUCACUGCUAUGGCCUGUGGGGAGGGAUGGACAUCAUAAAGGAGUAACGAUGAAAACUCGAACUCACAAAGAAUCGAUGCCAAUGCGCAGUGGGCGGAGGCGGGGGGGAAGCAACGAGGAGAGGAGGGGUAGACGCCCGCAUCCCAGCCCUUCUCGUGCAGAACGAAACGACAGGCAGACGCAAAGAGCUGCUGGCGAGGAAUUGGCUGUCAGUCGCUUCAAUCACAGAUCACAAGGCCAUGAUUCGUCAGAGAGUGAAGGGGAGGAACUUGUGCCUCCACCAAAGAGGCAGAAAGUCCAGGAUUCUUCCUCUGUCACCAACCCACCGACUUCAACUCAUUCAACUGACAGUACUCCCCCCACUAUACCGCCCCCACCCUCGGCUCCCAGACAGUCACGUGACAGUGACAACGAGGAUGGUCAAUCCCAGGGCAGCAGGAGUUCAGUUGUAGGGAGCUUGGCCAAUAGUCUGAGCAGUGGGCGGGACAUCGACCAGGACAAUCGAUCUUCCUCCCCGAGUCUCUCUGCCUCGCCUCCAGCCAGUUUAGACUCUGACUCUGAUGGUCCAGACUCACCAAAGCAAGGAGAGGGGGAACGGGAGAAAAGGAAAGAGGGAGGAGUGGGGAAGACAGGAGGAGAGGAAAGGAGAGCAGCCAGAGAGGGGAGAGGGGAUGAGUCUUGCGGGGAUGGAGAAAGGAAGGAUGGAGGAAUAGAGGACAGCCCUUCUCUGAAGCUGCCAUCCUCCUCCAUCUCUUCCUCUGCUCCUGUUCCCUCUCUCCGCGGAGCAGGGGAUUCAGCCAAUGACAGCAAUAGUGUCAGGAAGUCCUAUUUCUCACAGGACUCCAAGCUGGUGAGCAAGAUGGAGUAUGGACCGGCCAGCGCUGACACUGUGCACAGUGGCAAUCGAAUGAACUCCAAAGCUAAAGCUCAGUGCGUGACCAAGGCAACUGUCGCCGGGGGAGACUAUCCCCACGGCAACCCCAACAUUCCACACCCCCCUCCACCACCCCUUCCUCCUCCACCAGCGCUGAAACCCUUAGAACUAGGGGGGCAGAACCUGCCCUCAGAAGUCAAGGUAGAGAGAGAGAAAAUAGAGAAAGGUGAGAAACUGAUGGACAACAAGACGGCUCCUCCCUCUCUGUUACCCCAAACCAGCCCCUUACCCCCCUCCCAGCCCCCGCCCCACCCCCACCACUAUAGCCCCACUGGCUGGCAGGGAGGCACCGCAACCGGUUGCCAGGGGAGCUGGGGCUACACCCGUUACUCUGGUAACCACCACACUCACCAGCCGCAGCACCAACCCCCAGUGCAGCAGCAGCAACUGCCAUCCGUCUACAACCCCCCUUCCUCCCGUCAUUCGUCCUCCUCCCACCCCCCUUACCUCCCCCACCCCCAUAAGGAGUACCUCCCCAGGUACGCUUCCGGGGGAGGGGAAAGGGAGAGGGGGGUGGCCGGCGAGAGGGAGAGGGGGGGAGUGAGGGUGGAGUAUGGGGGGAGGGAGAUAGGUAGGGAUUUCUCGGCUGGUAGUGGUAGUAACAGCAGCACUUCUGGUGGGAUGGGGGGUCCUAAUGGGGUCCAAGGGAGGGAGUUUGGGGGUCAGAACCGGGAGUACCCAGGCCUGGGACCUCAGGGCUCUGGGAGAGACCCCCAAUGGGUCCUGGGGGAAGAGAAUUUGGACCGGGGGUGUUCAGAGAAAGAGAGAGGGAUAGAGAGAGGGAGAGGGAGGGAGAGAGGGAUGUAGGAGGAAGGGAGUUUCCUUUACUGAAUCGUAAUGAGAAUCAGAACAGAGAGUUUGGACCCACCGGUGCUGGGGGAGGAAGGGGGCACCCCAGAGACAAAGAGGGGGCGGUGGGGCGAGUUU